AUGGCAACAUUUUCCAUUCACAGCUACACUUUCUCUUUUAAGCUCCAAAUCUUCAUCUUUCUAUUCCUUACAUCAAAACCCAUUUCCCCUUUUGCCCAUCAAGCCCUUGAUAACAACCCCAGCUUUGGUCCCCACAUUUCCCUCUUUGGUGAUGCCAGGGUUGAAGAUGGAGGCUCCCAUGUGCUGCUCACACGCUCUCACGCGCCGAGUUCUGGACUUUUAUUGCUGGAUAAGCCCUUCAAAUUCGUGGAGGAGAGGAAUGUGGGUAAACCCUUGUCGUUUUCAACUGAGUUUUCCUUUUCUAUCUCUCCUGGUAAUGGUGAUGGUUUAGCUUUUGUUCUUAUUCCAAAUGGUUUUCAGACAAGGUUUCAGGCUCAAGGGUCUUUUGGUCUUUUUGGUGAAAAUAUGUUUCUGGGUAUUGAAUUUGAUACAAAGAAAGAUGAUAAAGUUGGUGACUUUAAUGCAAAUCAUGUAGUAAUCGAUGUUAGGAGUCAUGAAUCCGUUAAAGUUAGCAAUUUGUCAUCUCUGAAUUUGGUGUUGAACAAUGGGGAAGUAUUGAAAUCUUGGGUUGAUUAUGAUUCAAACUCCGAAUUUUUAGAGGUUAGAUUGAGUAAAUUGGAUGACAAAAGGCCUUUCAAUCCAAUUCUAGCAUACCAUGUUGAUUUGUUGGAAAUGUGGGGUAAUAAGGAUGUUUUUGUUGGUAUAAUAUCUACAACCAAUGAGGAAUCUUCACAGAGUAGUAGCAAUGUUUAUUCAUGGAGAUUUAAGGUAAGGGAUGCUUCUAGUUGGAUGCAUUCGUUGCCUGCGGAUCCACAAGGUUAUGUCGAUAAGGGUAGUCAGAAAUUUAGAGCAGAAAGAAGGAAGUUUUGUGCUUUUACAAUUUUCUCUGGGUUAAUCUUUGCUACAGUAUGUGGAGCCUUGUUUGCGUUUGUGAUGCUGUUUAUGUGGGCAAUUUUGGUUACCAGGCACACGGCAUUCCGGGUUGAGUGUCAUGCCAGUCCUGAAGAUUUCAGGUAUGAGAAGGUCAAUGUGAUUGUAGAGAAGGAGAAUCAAUGGGAUGAGGAUUAG